ACCCUUGGCCAGGAUGUUUAGUAUUGGUUAAAUCGUCUACGCGCUUGGUUCGUGACGUUCCUUCGUCGCCUAAAACAAUGUGCACAUAAGUCAAAUCCGCGUUGAAGUCGUAGCCGGCGUCCUCUGCUUCUUUGUACGAAGGCAGGUCAAUAUCCACGACGACGCGACGACCGGUUCAGAAGCGACCGCCGGUUUUAAAGAUGCUUUUCGCAAAAUUAAAACCAUACGAAGAAUCAUAUUCACCGGUGCUUGAUACGUCGUCUGAUCUACUGUAAGCGACGAUUUGGCGCGUGAAAAUGGCACGGAAUCACUUGUUCGGUGCCGUGAUUGUACUCACGUGCGUCGCAUGUUAUUAUAACAGUUGUUACUGUGAUUUCGUUUUCGACGACAUUAGUGCGAUCAAAGAGAACAGAGAUUUGAGACCCCACACGCCAGCCGUUAACUUGUUCUUUAACGAUUUUUGGGGUACUCCGAUGCACAAGGAACAGAGUCACAAGUCGUAUCGGCCUCUCUGCGUGCUCACCUUUCGACUCAAUUACUUGUUCGGGCAGCUGGAGCCCAUGGGUUAUCAUCUCGUCAACAUGUUACUGCACUCGGUGGUGUGCUUGAUGUAUUUCAGGAUGUGCUCGAUGUUUUUGCCGGAACUGUCAAGUUUCGUGGCAGCCAUGUUGUUCGCCGUACAUCCAGUACAUACGGAGGCGGUCACCGGCGUAGUCGGCAGAGCGGAAACCCUUUCAUCGGUUUUCUUCUUGGCCGCGUUUAUUUUUUACUCGAAAGCAACGAGAAAUAGGAAAUAUACAGAAUGGAAAUUCGUGGCGUGUUCCAUGACGGCGAUCGCGACCGCAAUGCUCUGCAAAGAACAGGGAAUAAGCGUCGCCGGAGUCUGCGCCGUCUACGAGGUUUUCGUGGUUCAAAAGGUCCGACUGCAGGAGAUCAAACACUUCCUGAAAUCGGCGGUGAACACAAAAUCGUCGUACAACUUGCCAAAAUCGAACGCCGCGACGAAGAGGCUAGCGGUGCUAUUAACCACCACCAUAUUGCUGCUACUAGCACGGCUUCACAUAAUGGGCUCCCAGCUUCCCGUUUUCACCCGAUUCGAUAACCCUGCGUCGGUCGCCGUGACGCCGGCUCGUCAACUCACCUAUCAUUACUUGAUAGGGGUGAAUCUCUGGCUGCUGCUCUUUCCAUGUAAUCUUUGCUGCGACUGGACGAUGGGCACGAUACCAUUGGUCGAGUCGUUUUUCGACGUGAGAAACUUGGCAACGCUCGCCACGUACUGUCUCCUGGUUGCGUUGGGAAUGACGGCGCUCACUAGUGAGAACAGGCACCAGAGUGUGGUUUUGAUCAUCAGCACGUCCCUAUUGGUACUGCCGUUCGUACCAGCGUCGAAUCUAUUCUUCCCCGUGGGAUUCGUGGUAGCGGAACGCGUUCUCUACAUGCCAUCGAUGGGUUUCUGCAUGAUGAUCGCUUACGGCUGGCACACUAUCCGCGAAAAACUCAACAGAAAGCUCGCGUGGGCUUGUCUGUGUCUCAUGCUCCUCUCCCACGGGACGAAGACCUAUUUACGAAAUUGGGACUGGGAGAAUGAAUACACGAUUUUCAUGUCGGGUCUGCGGGUCAACCAACGGAACGCCAAACUGUUCAAUAACGUCGGCCACGCGUUAGAAAGUCGCGGCGAGUUCGAAGACGCAUUGGCCUUUUUCAAAACUGCGGUGAGCGUCCAAAACGACGACGUCGGCGCCUACAUCAACGUCGGACGCACUUACAAUCACUUGAAAAUGUAUAAAGAAGCGGAAGAGGCUUAUCUUAAGGCGAAAUCGCUGUUACCCAAAGCGAAACCAGGCGAGUCCUAUCAGGCUAGGAUUGCUCCGAAUCACCUGAACGUUUUCCUCAACCUGGCCAACUUGAUAUCGAAGAACCACACGCGAUUGGAAGAGGCCGACAUGCUUUACCGGCAGGCGAUCAGCAUGAGAGCGGAUUACACCCAGGCGUAUAUUAAUAGAGGCGAUAUAUUGAUAAAACUGAAUAGGACGAAGGAAGCGCAAGAGGUUUACGAGCGGGCCCUUUUGUACGACAGCAACAAUCCGGACAUUUAUUACAAUCUUGGCGUAGUAUUCCUGGAACAGGGUAAAGCGUCGCAAGCUCUGGCCUACCUCGACAAAGCUCUCGAGUUUGAUCCCGAACACGAACAAGCCUUGCUCAACUCCGCCAUACUGCUCCAGGAAUUUGGACGAGCAGAGUUUCGAAAAACGGCACGCGAAAGGUUGCUGAAAUUGCUAGCUAAAGACACCAACAACGAGAGAGUCCAUUUUAACUUGGGCAUGUUGGCGAUGGACGAAAAGGACAUCGAGGAGGCGGAACACUGGUUCAGGAGGGCCGUGCACUUGAAGGCCGACUUCAGGAGUGCACUAUUUAAUCUCGCGUUGCUUCUGGCCGACGACCAGAGACCUCUGGAGGCGGCGCCUUUCUUAAAUCAACUGGUUAAGUAUCAUCCGGACCACGUGAAGGGACUUAUCUUGUUGGGGGAUAUUUAUAUCAAUAAUAUCAAGGAUCUGGAUGCCGCAGAAAAUUGUUACAGAAAAAUCUUGGAGCUUGAGCCGGAAAAUAUCCAGGGUCUUCACAACCUUUGCGUGGUGCAUGUUGAACGCGGAAAACUACUGGAGGCCCAAAAAUGUCUGGAAGAAGCGCACAGUCUCGCCCCCGAGGAAGAAUACAUCGUCAAGCAUUUGCAAAUCGUGAAGAAUCGAAUAGCGAAACUCAACGUCGACGGUCAGCCGAAGAACGAUUCCAAGGAGACGAGCAAAGUGGUGUCGAACAAGAGUAUCGACGAAAACGAAAAAAGGACUCAACCGGUGGUGAGCAAAGACACGGAGAAGCAGAGGUACAGCAGCAGAGUGGUGGACACCGAGCCGAUGUUUGUGAAAAACGUCGACAAUACGGAAUACGCCAGUUUUACUGAAUACAAUGAAUCUGGAACUGAAAUCAGCUCGAAUAGGAGUACGCAGAGUGACGUCGGUAGUGACGUCGACGAACCAUCGUCUGGCAUGUCUUAGCAAUGAGCCACUAGAUCUGAGAAUUGAGAUCUUUUAACGCCGGAACGACUAGAGAGUUGAAUUCAUGGUACUUUAUACUCAAUUUCUAAGGACUAUUUUAUACGAGCCAUUAGAUGUAGUGUUGAUUCUGUGAUACUCAGAAUAAUCGUUUGAAUUCUAUUUUGACCUAAACGUGAAAGUCUAAUUAUUAAAUUUAAUCCUAAACAAAAAAAAACACUUUUUAUACAUUCAGCAUGCGAUGAUGAUAACCCGUAUGUGACUUAAUGUUUACAAUCAUUUUCGUUCUCGGAUAGAAUGUACUUAAGAAAUAUUUGAUAUAUCUAAACGUUAAUUGGAACGGUUUUCUGAGCGCUCAGAAAAUGCAAAUCAAAGAUGGUAUUAAAGAAUUCGGAGCUUUCUAUGACGUGGCGCCUCUGGGAAUACCUAUUAAGGCCAAUUAAAAAUUUGGUACUAUAGUUUUUGAUACUGAAAACACUACGUGAAUAAGAAUAGCAUUAAGAGGACAAGACAGAUCCCCCUCUAAUAUCAAGGUUAAGGUUUUUUCCCCUUAAUAAAAAUAUAAUGCUUCUAAAAUAUAUACAAAUAACGUCAAUCGUUCUCCUAAUUUCAUAUUGGCUUGUUUUGCAAGGGUAUAUAUUUAAGCAGUCUAGAAACUGUUUAAUCCGUGAGCGUAAUUAAGCACGAAACCGAACUUAAACAAUUUACCAUUCAAAUGAAGUAUGUAUAAAUCAAAAAACGUAAAACAACGUUUCACGUAUAUAAACACUCGCCAGCGGCCAUCUUCUCGUUUUCGACCAGCACCUUUUUACUGCGGGACUAUACGUAUCUAGUUCAAUGAGGCGUUCUGGUCAACGGUCAAUUCGUUUAUGGGCGGAUAGAUGGUGGUGCGGGUGUUCAUUUGUUACAGCAGUAAAUUAGCUAGCGAGUGACCUUUCUUUGUCUUGUUGUCGCUGUUUUUUCUUUUUGAGAAAAUUCGUUUUGGUCACGGUGCAGUGAUUUUUUUAUGGAUCUUUGCGAUCACUUACGGAUAUAUGGCCUAAAAAAACAACAUUAACAAAGAGGCUAUUUUUGUAUUCGACUUCAAAACGUCUUCCUGUAGCGUUCGCGGGCGACUAAAAAUUACACAAAAAAUUCUUUCUAUACGUCUUUGAUUUGGAUGUUUGUUUGUGAUCUUCUUGUGAUUUACCAUUCUUUAAUCAGUAUUUUUAUUUUGCCAUUCGACUGCGUUGACCACACACACAAUUUUUACACGUCUCUCAAACGCUUUCCCUAAUUUUGAAAACGCUUGUUAGUUACUUAGAUUUCGCCAUUAAUUCUAACAUUAAGGUUUCGAUUUGCCCGGCCAAAUGAAGCAUUAAAAUUAUUUUAUAAUGGAAUCUAUAAAUGUGACAAUAUUUUGAGUGCUACGUGGAGAGCGUUUCGCUGGGCAAGUCACAAAUACCCGAUGAUUUAUUUUUCGUUUUCCCGUCGACUCUAGUAUAUAAAAAUGCUAAAAAGUAAAUAUUACAUAAAUGUCUUGGUGUUAAGGUCUUUUAGCAAAUAGUUUAGAUUAUAAUCCACGUGGCCAAAUGAUGAUGACUCUUUUAGAUAGAACUUGUUGGCUUGGAUAUUUAAUUUCCAAAAUAUAUUCAGCUACCGUGGAUCCUCGUUUCCUUCUCGAUUUUUAUUUAUAAAGAUUGCGUCUAGCUCGAAUACGGCCACUCGGGCCAGUCUCUCUCGUUAUGUCGAGUUGAAGAUGGCGGCGAGCGACGGCAUUUUCGCGGGACGCUCUAAUUAUGUAAAGGGUGCCUUGGAAUCUUUAAUUAAGGCAAAUGAUUUUGUAAUAUAGAUAUAAAUAUUUUUCUAUGUUGUCAAACUGUUCAUAUAGAAUUUUAAAUAAACGAUGAUAAAUAAUUCUGUAAAAAGGUGUAUAAUGUGGAGGUAUGUUUAUUAUUCCUGUGACUGAGUUUUGUUUUUCUUUUAGAGGUUUUCCGAUAAAAAGUUGUUAACCCCGAAUAUACAAUUUUAUAUUAAAAGCUG